GGGGGAGAGGGAGGAGUGCCUGGCCUCCUCCCCAGGGAGGGCGCGUGUUGAUUGGAGGCGGCGUUGUUGGAGAAAAUAAGGAACUUUAAUUGGACUGGAUGGGGAAGUAAAUUCUCCCCCGAGCACGAGGUCUGUUUAUUAUGAGCGGGUAGCGAUUGCAACCGGGAAGGAAUGAGAUGCAGAUGAUGCUAAUCUAGUGCUUUUUGCAGUGCAUAGCUGGAGGGUAGGGGAAAACAUGGGGCAGAGAGAGAGAGAGAGAGAGAGAGAGAGAGAGAGAGCGCGCGCGCUUGUCUUAUCCGGGAUCCCUCCCUGCCCUGGGGAGGUUUUUCUGAUAAUCUGGUAGAUUUCUCCGGGAGGCUUGGUUCCUGGAGCAGAAACUCGGAUUCUUGGUAGGAAACAACAGCCCGCUGCUGUGCUAGAAUGGCCCACGGAUCAGACAUUCAGUUAUUCUUGAUCAUCUUUUUAUAAGGCUGUAUCAUGGCAUGUGGAAUAUCUACCGGUUAAAGCACAAUACAGGGCCUAUCUCCGUUGUUGUUGUUUUUUUCUUCUUCCUCUUGAUGAUCUCAAGUUCAGCUUAGGAACUCGAACGCACCUAGCUUACUCACACUGGUUUCCUGGGCCACAAUGAACUGGGGCGUCUGAUGGAUGCGUGGGCGAGAAAGGCAGGUCUUAGACCUGGAGGCCACUGGAGACAAUUUGGUUUAUGCUGGUAUCUUGCAACAUCCAGAUGGCACAGUUUUGAAACAGCUACAGCCACCUCCAAGGGGCCCAAGAGAGUUAGAAUUCUAUAAUAUGGUAAGUGAGGUUUAUGCUGCUGAUUGUACUGAUGGUGUUCUUUUAGAGCUACGAAAAUAUUUGCCAAAAUAUUACGGCAUCUGGUCACCUCCCACUGCACCAAAUGAUUUAUACCUAAAACUGGAAGAUGUGACCCAUAAAUUUAAUAAGCCCUGUAUAAUGGAUGUAAAGAUAGGGCGAAAAAGCUAUGAUCCUUUUGCCUCAUCUGAGAAGAUUCAGCAACAGGUCAGCAAGUACCCAUUAAUGGAAGAGAUUGGGUUCUUGGUGCUUGGCAUGAGGGUUUAUCAUGUUCAUUCUGAUAGCUAUGAGACACAAAACCAGCACUAUGGAAGAAGCUUAACAAAAGAAACUCUAAAGGAAGGAGUUUCCAGGUUUUUUCAUAAUGGAUUCUGCUUAAGAAAAGAUGCUGUUGCUGCCAGUAUUCAGAAGAUUGAGAGAAUUCUGCAGUGGUUUGAAAGCCAGAAGCAGCUUAACUUUUAUGCAAGUUCAUUACUGUUUGUUUAUGAAGGUUCAUCUCAUCCAACUACUACAAAAUCAAAUGACAGAACUUUGGCAGAAAAGUUUUUGUCCAAAGGACAACUCUCGGACACAGACAUACUGGAGUAUAAUAAUAACUUUCGAGUAUUAAGUUCCGCAACAAAUGGAAAAAUAGAGGCUUCAGUAGGCAAAAGCUUGUCCAAGAUGUAUGCUCGUCACAGAAAAAUGUAUUCAAGAAAGCAUCACAGUCAGACUUCAUUGAAAGUUGAAAAUAUAGAGCAAGACAAUGGGUGGAAAAGCUUGUCACAGGAACAUUUAAAUGGAAAUGUACUUUCCCAACUGGAAAAAGUUUUCUACCAUCUUCCCACUGGUUGCCAAGAGAUUGCGGAAGUAGAAGUGCGAAUGAUAGAUUUUGCUCAUGUUUUCCCUAGCAACACAAUAGAUGAGGGAUAUGUUUAUGGACUGAAGAAUUUAAUUACUGUACUUCAGAGUAUUUUGGACAAUUGAAUCCUUUGCUGCAGUCUUUUUAAGGGGUGGGGCAAUCAUUGUGAAGAGCAGCAGUCAGUAUCUCUGCACUUGUAAUGCUAUGUAAACAAUUUGUAUUGUGAGUCGGCAUUUUAUUUGUCUUUACACUUUUGGUAGAAGGGUUAACUUUUUUAUAAUCUUACUCAGGAAAACUAAUUAUUUGUUCAUUAGAAAACUAUGAAGAAUAAAGAAACUUUGGAAUGUUAA